GUGUGGGCGCGGGCUCGAUAUGAAAUGGGCGUGGUUCUGGGCCAUUUGGGGGCGCGAAGCUGGUGGCGGAUUAGGUGCGGUGCGUCUGGAUAGGUGGACUGGGGUGGUAUUGGUGGUGGUGUUUGUUGGUAUCGGAGUGGGGCAUAAGCGGGCGCGAGCUGGCGAGACGGGCUUGGCAAAGGGACAAGUCCCAAGAGGAAAAAAGAAGAGAGGUGUGGGAGGCCUGGUUUGUUUUCCUCCGUGUUUGGUUUGGGGCUGUGAGGUGUGCUCCUUUAGAAGGGGGUCUGCGGGAAGAGGUAUGUCUUUUGGAUAUCCGCUCGUCCGGAGAGCUAGGUAAGUGUGUCUCAUUCGAAGGUCUGGAAAAUCAUCCAACUUGUUUU